AUGGAUCAAGCCGCGCCUGUCACCGAUCAAGACGUACCUGGCUCUCAUCAAGCCGCGUCUAGCACUCAUCGACCCGAGACUGAUAACCCGCAAGCCGCGACUGGUGUCCAGAUAGAGCCUCAUCAGCAGCAACAGCAAAUGAGACUUAGCCAGAUCCUCGAGGAGGCAGUCAAGAGCACCGAACUGCCCCGGAAGCCCGUGGGCUUGUUAGCGGCAGCAGCAGCAGCAGGCUCAUCGAUUCCGCCGGUGGCAUCACGCCCACUGCAACCCCCGCGAAUGCCGACAUUUCCAUCGGCUUCACCCAUCCCACCUCGAGUCCCAAAAGUGUCGACAUCUCCCUCAAGUGUGCCGAUAUCUGUUCUCCUGGCCUCUCUUGACACGACGACUCCGCCAGGGUUUUCGAUGACGGAGGACCAGCCAACCACGAGAGCAAGAACGGACACCGUCAUCGGUCAUGGCGCCAAUAAGAAAAGUAACGAUUCGACCAGCCCCCACGACGUCAAGAACAGGAACAAAAAUGCCAGCACCACCAGUGCCAAUGACAAGGGAAAAGCAGUCGAGAUCAUCGAUGUCGAUGGUUUUGCUCAAGCCCAUGAAUUAUUCGAGGCCGAAACUGAAAAGAUCGCAAGUGAGAAACUAGCCGGCAAAAUGAAGGAAAUCGAAAGCAAAAACGAUCACGCGGCCCGACUCCAGCGCAUCUCAGUGGAACAACAACAACAACAACAACUCCUCGAAGAACUGCGCGCCGACCUCAUCCAGUCCGCCCAGGACAACAACGACCUGCGCCAUGAAGUGGCCGCGUUGGAACAGAAGAUUGCACACAUGGAACAGGAGAGGCAGGACUGGGCGCGUCGCGAGGCAGAACUGAUUGGCGAGGUGGAAUACUGGACGAUCCAAGCACACGCGCAAGCGCAAGCGGCAGCAGCGGUGGCAGCAGCGACGGUGCUGGAACCGGCUCCUACCGACGAACUGUACGACCCUGCCGGCAAUUUCAACCCCGACUGGGACAUGCUUCUCGAUGGUCAGGGUCAAGGGCAACAACGGCACUCUCGGGAUCUCACACAAGCACAGCCAUUACCACAUGCACAUGCCCAAGCACUAGCACCAGCACAAGCAUCAGCACAAGUACCAGCAAAAGAUUUAGGGUUCCGAGGAUUCGGAGUCAACGCCAAUUUCGCGGCUUAG